GUUUUGCCAGCAGGAUCUAAAGUUGGGGUUGAUCCCUUUCUUUUUAGAUGGGAAUCUUGGAAGACAUUUUCCAGCACACUAGAGGGCGCUGGUCACUCACUUGUACCCAUCCAAUCAAACCUUGUUGAUCUGGUCUGGGAUGCUGACAGGCCACUUCCACCACAGGCUCAGGUCAAAGUUCACAGUCUUCACUUCACAGGUCAAAGUUCAGCAGAGAAAGUGGCUCAGAUUAGAAGGAAGAUGGCGAAGGUUCGUGUCCAGAAUCUUAUCCUGACUGCCCUUGAUGAAAUAGCAUGGCUAUUUAAUCUACGAGGUUCAGAUAUUGUAUACAACCCCGUGUUCUUUGCUUAUGCAGUGCUUUCUCAGGAUAGUGUACAUCUGUUUGUAGAUGAGAGUAAGCUAGAACCUGGAGUACACAGCCAUAUCAACCAAGGAAUAGAAGUCACACUACAUGCAUAUGAUGACAUUCAAAAGUUCAUCUCAGACAUGCUUGCUGAAAAUGGAGCCAAGACCUGGAUCAGCGCCAACUCAAGUUAUGCACUAAUGAACCUCAUUCCAAAGCAACAUCAAUACAUUCACAACAGCCCAAUCUGGCAGAGCAAAGCAGUCAAGAAUGAUGUGGAAAUUGAGGGCAUGCGUCAAGCACAUAUACGAGAUGCUGUAGCCCUGUGUGAAUACUUCAAUUGGCUUGAACAUGAGAUUCCAAAAGGGUACCUCAAUGAAGUGACUGCUGCUGAUAAGCUUGAGAAUCUCAGAAGUGAGCAGGAAGAUUUUGUGUCACUGAGCUUUGAUACGAUCUCCUCCAUGGGUCCUAAUGGAGCAGUGAUCCACUAUAAACCUCAACUACCUACUGCUCUGACACUCAACACACAAGAGAUAUACCUGUGUGACUCAGGAGGACAGUACAGAGACGGAACAACUGAUGUUACAAGAACAUUUCACUUUGGAACACCUACUCAACAUCAGAAGGAAUGUUUCACAAGAGUUCUGAAGGGUGUUAUCUCCUUGGCAACGGCAGUCUUCCCAGAAGGAACACGAGGGGUUUUGCUAGACUCUUUUGCCAGACAGCAUCUAUGGGAGAUAGGCCUAGACUACAUGCAUGGCACAGGACAUGGGAUAGGAUCAUACCUCAAUGUCCACGAGCCCCCACACCUCAUCAGCUACAGGGUUGGGCCUGGCUCGGAGGCCCCGCUUGAAGCUGGCAUCUUCAUGUCAGAUGAACCUGGCUAUUACGAGGAUGGCUCAUUUGGCAUAAGGAUAGAGAACAUUGUGUUAGCUGUGCCAGCUAAUACAAAGUAUUCUUUCAGUGGCAAGAAAUUUGUGACCUUUGAAACUGUUACCCUUGCCCCGAUCCAACUCAAGAUGAUUGAUCCAUCAUUGCUGACAGAAAAAGAGAUAAAAUGGGUAAAUGAUUACCACAGCCAAUGCCAAGAGAUUGUGGGUGCAGAGCUUGGAAGACAAGGACGAGAAGAAGCUCUGAAAUGGUUAAUUAGAGAAACCCAGCAGAUUGGAUGAAGAAACACCUGAAUAUUCUUAGCAUCUUAGGGUCAACCCUUGAUAUGAAUUUAAAGCCUUUUUCUUGUUCAACAUGGUAAAAUGUUUCGAAACAAGAUAAAUUGCCUUAGCUUAGCAAAAGUAAGUGACGUAUGUCUAGUGUGUUUAUAUCUGUAUUUCAUAACACACAGGUGACACAGAAUGUUGAGUACUCUACUGUUAGGCAGGGGUUUGUGAAAAAGUAAUAUUAGCAAUCAUUUUUUGUCUAUCCUGUAUAUUCCUACAACUUUAGUAAAAUAAAAAUCACACCUCGGUACAAUGUUGUUCGUUCAAGAACUUUGAUCAGGAAAGGAUUCUUGCCUUAGCAAAUUUGCAAAGAUAUUAGUAAUGUUGAUCGUGCCUGGGAAAUAUGGGAACAUCUAAUUUUCAGUCGUGAAUGUUAUGCCAUAAACAAAUUUGUAAAAAUGCUUGUCCAUGAAUAACAGAUGAUAUUGUUGAAUUAAUGAAACAACGUGUCCAUAAUCACAGAACUGCUAUUCUUUCCUGAUUUAGGAACAGUUAUACAAUUUAGAUCUCUUAAAUAUUGAGUUACAUACAUGUAUCUUAUUAGUAUAAGAAAAAGAGAAAGUGAUUGUAACUUUAUUAAUGAAAAUUUAAUGGAAAUUCUCAAAAGAAAUAUAUGGAAGUGUCUCAAACAUCUAAUACAAAAGUCCGACAAAAUAUAUCUGCAUAGUCUGGAAAUUGGAAAAAGGGAUAUGUCCAAUCCAAGCAAUUACCGCCCAAUUUCUGUACUGUCAGUUGAAAGCAAAAUCAUAGAGAGGGUAGUACACCACCAACUCUCUGAAAUUAUUGACAAUAAUAUUAUCUUGAACUUGUUUUUCUUUUCUUCAAAUCAAUCUGGUUUUCGACCAAAGUAUUAUACAACAACAGCAAUAAUGAAACUUGUAUUUGUCAUGGAACAUUGAAAAUAAACAGAUAUCCGAUGUCGCUUUUAUAGACCUACGUAUAGCAUAUGAGACCAUUGAUUACAAAAUUUUAUUUGUAAAAUUAGCUGCUAUUAGCUGCUAUUGGGUGUUCUCAUGAAUGCAUGAAAUGGUUUAGUUCCUAUUUGAUGGAUCGUGAACAAGCUGUUCACUUUAAAGGAGCUAAGUCUGAUCCCUUAACCAUAUUGAUGGUUAAGGGUCAAUUAUUUUCCAUUUAUGUUAAUACUUUACCAAAUUGUAUAUCUCAUGGUAAUGUUGAUGUGUACGUGGACUUUACAUGUUAAACUGUAAGUGGAAGUAGCAUAACUGAUGUUGAACAAAAACUUUCUUCAGCUUUACAAGAAUCAAUGGUAUGAGAUAAUCAAAAUCGCCUUUUAAUCAAGUUUUAAUCAAGUUUUAAUAAAGUUGCUGUAUAUUUCCAGGCCUGAUAAAAACCCAAUUUAAAUCGGGUUUCCUGAUUAUUAUUUUUUUCCCCGAUUUUUUUUUCUUCCCUAUAUUUUCCCCUAUUAUUUCUCAAUUUUUCUAACUCAAAAGGGGGGAAUGUUGUUAGAUGCCAUUUUUCCCCGAAUUCUCUUUUUUUUUUUUACUCAAGGGGGGGCGUGGUUGAGGGGAACCCUGCCCCCCCCCCCUUUUUUUUAGUGCUCACUAUCGCCCCUGAUAAUGCACUGGUGUGGCCUCAUUUUGAUUAUUUUUGCUCUGUUGUGGUCAAAUCAAUAUCAAGAACAAACCCAUAAACUGCAGAAAGUACAAAAGUGAGCUGUGAUAAUAUUAUCAAACCAAAGCUAUGAGACUCCAUCAAAUGCAAUGUUUAGUACUCUGAAGUGGAUGCCAAUGGGGAAAUGUUUUGAAUUUGAAUGUGGUAAUAUAAUAUAGAAGUGCACACAUAAUUUGGCACCAUCUUAUUAAUAAGAAGAAUAUGAAUGUACCGUAAGUGGCAUUCAUCUGUAUCAUACGAGGAAGGCAGAUGAAGACAAGAGAGGGCUAUGAUUAAAACAUUGUUAUAUACUUAGGCACAGAAUGUGCCUAAGUAUAUAACAAUGUUUUAAUCAUAGCCCUCUCUUGUCUUCAAUAUUUGAGUAAGAGAUGAAACAUCCCUCAUAGUUUCUAGUCAUGUAUAAUAUAUUAAUCCCUGUAUCCCCAGAAGUUCAACAAUCUAAGAGGAGAUUAUUUACCUCUUGUGUUCACUCCUUCUUUAUAGCCGAUGCUUAUUCCUUUGAAAUGACCAUCCUUUACAUUGCAUUCCUACAUUGUUUUAGUUCUCUCUUCCUCUCUCUUUAUUCAGUGGUCUUCUUCAGACACACUCCCUCUUCCCCUUCACUUUGAAAUAUUAUGAGUCACUAGGUCCUAGCACAUACCUCCAGUAAUAUAUAUAUAUACAGUAGUUUGUGAAAAUAUGAAAUCAGAGUUCUUCUUCUGGUCCUCAUCACCUUCAGGUAAGGAUUCAACAGUGAAUGCCCCUGCCUAUUUGGAAGGGGAUGCUACUCAUACAUGCAUUUAUAUAUGAGAACCAUCUUUUUUUGUAUUUUUUCUCUUGAAUAAAUUUACCAUCUUGCAUUUUA